AUGACGGAUCUGCCAAGCAUCCUGAGCGAUGACAUCGUUCUGUUCCUUGAUCCGCAUGUCCAUCAUUUGCGUGGUAUGGGUGCAUCUCCUGCCAAGCCGGGUAUCAAGCUCAGAUUCCUGAAGAUCGAUGUGCUGGACAAGUUCCGUGACCAGUUUGAACCCUACCACGGCCUGUUUGGUUGCGACCUGACUUCCUCCAUGCCCUUUCAAGGAACGUUGAUCCGACUCCCCUUUCGCACUGCGGAAUCGUCGAGGUUGAGCGAAAUCAGCAAAACCAUCGUUACACCGGAACAGGCAACGGCUUACUUGAACGCGUUCAAAGACGCUGCUGCGGAGUGUUUGCUUUUCCUACAACACGUGCAACGCGUGAACUUCUGCUGGAUUGGCCCCGAUGCUGACCCAAACGCCUCACCCUCGACGCUACUGCAAGUACAGAUCGUGCCUUCAAGUGUGCCAGCUUCCCUGGGACCCGCAGGUGGGCAGUAUUUAGACUAG